GCAGGAGGCGGCGGCCAGUGUUGGGUUCCGUGGCCCAGGUGCAGCCCGAGGACAUGUCCAUGCCGAGGAUCGUGCGCGUGUCCCUGGAGCACCCCACCAGCGCCGUGUGUGUGGCAGGCGUGGAGACCCUCGUGGACAUAUAUGGAUCGGUGCCCGAGGGCACAGAGAUGUUUGAGGUCUAUGGGACCCCCGGGGUGGACAUCUACAUCUCUCCAAGCGCGGAGCGUGGCCGCGAGCGAGCAGACACCAGGCGCUGGCACUUCCACGAGGGCUCCGAGAUCAUCGUGAUCAUGAACUCUCCCAGCAACGACGUCAACGACAGCCACGUCCAGAUCUCUUACCACUCCAGCCACGAGCCCCUGGCCCUCGCCUGCGCAGUGCUGUACCUCACCUGUGUUGAUAUUGCUCUGGAUUGUGACCUGAACUGUGAGGGCAGGCAGGACAGGAGCUUUGUAAACAAGGAACAGUGGGUCUGGGGGCCCAGCGGGUAUGGAGCCAUCCUGCUGGUCAACUGUGACAGGGACAGUGUGAACUCUACCGGCCAGGACAACUGUGACCAGCACGUGCAAUGCCUGCAAGACCUGGAGGACAUGUCUGUCAUGGUCCUGCGGACCCAGGGCCCAGCUGCCCUCUUUGACGACCAUAGACUUGUCCUCCACACCUCCAGCUACGAUGCCGAGCGUGUCCGGGUCUUCCAUGCCUGCGGUCCCGAGGACUCCUGUGAGGCGUACAGGCAUGUGCUAGGCCAGGACAAGCUGUCCUACGAGGUGCCCCACUUCCAUGGGGACGAGGAACGCUUCUUCGUGGAGGGUCUGUCUUUCCCUGACGCUGGCUUCCCAGGCCUCAUCUCCUUCCACAUCACCCUGCUGGAUGACUCCAAUGAGGAUUUCUCCCAGUCCCCCAUCUUUACCGACACCGUGGUGUUCCGAGUGGCACCCUGGAUCAUGACACCCAGCACCCAGCCGCCCCUGGAGGUGUACGUGUGCCGGGUGAGGAACAACCUGGGAUUUGUGGACGAGGUGGCCGAGCUGGCCAGGAAGGCGGGCUGCAAGCUGACCAUCUGCCCGCAGGUGGAGAACCGCAAUGACCGCUGGAUCCAGGAUGAAAUGGAGCUGGGGUAUGUGCAGGCACCACACAAGACCUUCCCGGUGGUCUUUGACUCGCCCAGGAAUGGGGACCUGCAGGACUUCCCUUACAAGAGACUCCUGGGUCCAGACUUUGGCUAUGUGACCCGGGAGCCACGAGACCGCUCUGUGAGUGGCCUGGACUCCUUUGGGAACCUGGAGGUCAGCCCCCCGGUGGUGGCCAAUGGGAAGGAGUACCCCUUGGGGAGGAUCCUCAUUGGGGGCAACCUGCCUGGGUCGAGUGGCCGGAGGGUCACGCAGGUGGUGAGGAACUUCCUGCAUGCGCAGAGGGUCCAGCCCCCCGUGGAGCUCUUUGUGGACUGGCUGUCCGUGGGCCACGUGGAUGAGUUUCUGAGCUUUGUGCCUGCACCUGAUGGGCAGGGUUUCCGGCUGCUCCUGGCCAGCCCCAGUGCCUGCUUCAAGCUCUUCCAGGAGAAGCAGAAGUGGGGCCACGGCAGGGCCCUCCUGUUCCAGGGGCUUGUUGGUGACGUGCGGGUCAGCACUGUCUCCAUCAACCAGGUGCUAGCCAAUAAAAGUCUCAUCAGCUACAACAAGUUUGUGCAGGUGGGGACCAGGGGCUUGAACUCUGUAAUGCGCUCAGUCAGACACACCACUGCCUGGCCCCCCCAGUUGGAGAUCUGUGAGGAUCUUCUUUACCACGUCGCGGGCCAGGAACAAAAGCCAAGAGACAGCUGCAUCGACUGGAACCGGGAGGUGCUGAAGCGGGAGCUGGGGCUGACGGAGCGAGACAUCGUGGACAUCCCCCAGCUCUUCAAGACACAGAGGAGAAAGGCAGCAGCCUUCUUCCCUGACCUGGUAAACAUGCUGGUGCUAGGCAGGCACCUGGGCAUCCCCAAGCCCUUCGGGCCCGUCAUCAACGGCCGCUGCUGCCUGGAGGAGAAGGUGUGCUCCCUGCUGGAGCCGCUGGGCCUCCACUGCACCUUCAUCGACGACUUCACCCCCUACCACAUGCUGCACGGGGAGGUGCACUGUGGCACCAACGUGCGUCGCCAGCCCUUCCCCUUCAAGUGGUGGAACAUGGUGCCCUGAGCUGGCCUCCUGUCAGUCCCUCCCCCUUGGAUGGGACCUCAGCCCCCGGUGAUGGAGCCUGACACAGACCCCUGCACAACAAGUGUCCAGAGAAGCUCCAGACCCCUUGGAAGACCGAGGGUAGCUGUGCCUCUCAGAAGCCUUCCCCUCAGAAGAGCUCCCACUUGACCUGCACGCAUCUGGCUUCCGGGCCUUGGUUCCUCUUGGCCUCCCAAGAAGAGAGGCCUUGUCUCCUGUGGCCUUCCAUGCUGGCCAACAUGACCCAUGAGGACUCCUCCAAACAGCUCCCUCUCCGACCCCAGCUCUUCCCUUCGAGGCCUGAUAUGCUCUGGAGCCUAGAUUCCUACAUGCAUCUUAUCCGCCAUCUUGGCUCCUGUGUCCUAAUGGGGGAAGGACCCACAAUUCUGCUUUGGACCGGUUGCUUCUCAUCCUACAGGAGGACAGCUCUAAAUCAGAUCUGUCCACCAGGACAGAAGGGACUGGCCCAUAGCUUCACCACGAGGAAGGAACAAGAGUCCAUUUGGAUCAUGGCAGGACCAACAUCCCAGCUCCACAGCCCUGAGCAGAUAAUCGAUGUCUCACUCCACACACUGCUCGACGUGAGCCUAGCAGGUGUUUCCAGAUGUAUGCUGAAGGGUUGACACUUGUCUCUUAGCCUUCUGUACACCCCAUCACCUGACAUCCAGACAUUUGCGUUGGUCUCCAACAUUCCUGGAAUGUGUUUUAGGUGAAACACUCUGGGGAGUGCAUCCCUAGGGAGUGGGACACCUGUCUGUGUGAAGGUGGAAACAUCCUUCCUGGAGCAGAGGGUGUGUCACCAGCCCUGGGCUGCUCGGCAAGAAGGGGGAGCCUUGUAGAAUCAGCCUGGGGUUCUCUGUUGACACCUGAUCUGUUUCUAGAGAGGGCGGAGUGGGGCCAGACCCCCAAAGACGGUUCACAGUGGGAUGACUGGGGAGGGGGGCGAAUUCUCCAGAUGUGUGUCAGUUACAUUCUUGUUCUGUAUGGGUCCAUCACUAGCUAAUAAACAUACAGGAGCUCCA